GAGAGCACGUGCCUAAGACCGUGGCGAACUUCGAAGCACUGUGCAAGUGCGACAAAGGGGCUCCGCUGUGCUAUCGGGGCACUCCCUUCCACCGCAUCAUACCGGGAUUCAUGGUACAAGGGGGUGACACCACCAAUGGUAAUGGGACUGGCGGAGUGUCCAUCUAUGGUGGACGCUUCGAAGACGAGCAGUUUGGAGUGUCGCACAACAAACCCGGGCUGCUGAGCAUGGCGAAU